UCUAUCUUCCUAGCUAUAGGCGUUACAAAAAAAUCCACUUAUCAAAAAUCCAAACCCCACCCCUGCCAACCAGUGGUAGUGUCCAGUAAACAAAGUAGGUGCAACAAGAGGUCAGGGAAAUUUGACCCCUAACUAGCAUUGUGCCAGACACCUGUAACGUUACAAACACUAGAGGACGCGUAAAUUCACAACGUAAAUUCACAACGUUAUAUGAUGGACAUAUGUCAGGCAAGGGCUCGAGGAUAAUGUAGGAGCACGUAAUAGCAGGUGGCACGGAAGCAACGUAAUGGAAGGCAAGGUAUCUACGGUCGAGCUAGAGUUCGUGGCACACCGACUACUGCCGAGCGACUGGAGAACGCUCGGCCGGAAGUUACUAACAACCAUAGACCCACACUUCCCCAACGUAGAGGGCAUUCUGGGUAAUUUGGAAUACAGCCAUCAGGAUGAGGGUGCACGGAAGAUCGUUCUACAGACCAUGCUCCGAUGGCAGUCAAUGUGGGGAAACAAAGCAACUGUCGCCUUACUAGUGGGGGCUUUGGAAGACCUAUGCAUGGUGGGUAUCGCCAAUGGUAUCAGAGAGAUGGUCGCUAGAAGGAACGACCCAACUCUACAGGGAGUCCCAUACAACGUGGUGGAAAUGAAAGGAGACUGUGAUCCGAUGGUCCGUCUGUGUAGAGAGGCUCUGAAGAACCAUUACACAAUGGUGUACAAGAGUAACUUACCUUUGGUAUGGAAAACCUUUGGGAUCAACGUGCAGACCAUGGAUAUCCCUUUGCAGGUUGUCCGGUUGGAUCGAGCUCCUUCCGAAAAGUUCCGAACACAAGUUGACGUCGAAGUGCCUCUCGACCAGCAUACUAUGAUGUUACAAGGCCCAACCGGAGUAGGGAAGACUCAGCUGUGCUACAAGCUGGCCUACGAUUGGGUCACCGAAAAAGAUACACGCCUCAAGAACGUCCAACUUCUCUUUGUUCUCUCCGCCAUGUACAUCGGCAAGGGCGACAUUCUUGACGCUGUUUACGAUCAAAUCUUUCCCGCUGGUUUUGUCGAGAAAUUGCCGAAGAGAAAGCUAGAGCGAUGGAUAAAGGCAAAUCCAAACAGUGUCAUGUUCGUCAUUGACGAUGUUGACGUAGUUCAAGAAAACUGUUCUUCGCAAGAUAUGGAGAAAACCCCGGUUCCCUGCUACAUCAACGGCAAAUACUUGCGUGAUACCAGACGCAUUCUAACUUGCAGAAGCUCGGCUGUGAUAGGCUGUAACCGUAUGGCCGAAACGACACCUGCCCUACCCCAUUGUCAUGCAAAUUACUUGAUCAACGGCUUCUCUGAAGGGGCGGUAGAUGAGGUCAUCAGUAAGUUCUUUAGCGGAAGUGACGAUUCUCGAGCGUUGGGUAGGCGGCUCAAGGAAACCGUCAGCUCCAACGACUACCUCUCCGGUGUUGUACAAAACCCCAUGUACGCCCUCAUAGUGUGUACCCUGUGGAAGAGAGGGAAGUCACCGCCGGCAAGUCUAGCCCAGCUGAUCGAACAGUUCAUUGCACUAAUUUCAGAAGAAUUCUGUAGCAAGAAAGCCCCGCCGAUGUCGACGAAAUCUAUGCAUACGACUCUUCGCAAUUCGGGCAAGUUAGCGUGGGCAUCACUUGAGGUGGGACAAAAUGCCUUGACACACCAGCACAUACAAGAUGUCAUUGGCAACGACGUGGUGAUAGACAUGGGACUGUUACAAAGUACAGGGGAAGAUGGCCGAUACAAAUUCGUUCACAGGAUCUUCCGGGAAUACUUUGCUGCAACCCAUGUUGCCACAGCAUCUGCAGCAGGAGAUCAGGCGAAGUAUCUACAGACACUGUGGUCUACAGGAUGCAGACACAACCACGAGUACGGAAACGUCUGCUUGUACACAGCAGGACUUCUUCAAGACAAGUCGCGCGAUCUCUUCGCCGCCUUCACGUCCAACCUCUCUGAGCUGACCAGGCAGGAUUCUCCUCCUUGCUGCCUGAACACAGUAAUCAGUCAAGCUUGCUCAGCAGUUGUGGAGUCAGGACAUCCAAACAUAACUGCACCUCUUGUGGCUAAAGCACUUCCCAGAGAUCUUACCCUUGACUUCCAAGGAAAGCCUCCACCACCAAACGUUCUUCACGGACUUGCUGAGCUAAUCUUGGCCAAACAUGUCCCAAAGGCUAUCAGCCUGAAGAAUCUGUGGGUCACAAAACCGAGUUGUCUUCUCCAUCUUGGGGAAGCUAUUAAGGGCUCCAAAAGUCUGUCGUCCCUUAACAUCGAUGUCACCGGAAUGGAUAUGUCUUUGUCUAGUCCCGAGAGGGCGGAUAACAGUGUGAUAGUGUCAUUCUACCGUUGCAUUGCUGAGAACAGGGGCAUAGCCUGUUUGCACAUCAACGCAGACAUAAACGACAUGGACGAGAAUGCAGUCGCGGCAAUGUCAGAGGUCAUCAGACACAAGUCUGACCUUCAUGACCUUAGGCUCGUCAUCCAUGCGUCAUCGUCAUGUUCGGCCCGAUGCAGAAACAUGGUCGCAAAAGGGUACAAGAUGGGAUGCAAACGUGAGAAGAACAUCGAAGUAUUCAACGAAAGGCUAGCUGACGCAUUGGGGAAGAACACUACACUCAGGUCCCUAUGGGUCAGCGUCCAGGUCUUGGAACAUAAGCUAGCCCUGGAGGUAGUUGCCCCUGCCAUUGCCUCUCAUCCGUGUCUAAGCUCACUCAAAGUACUUGGACUCUCUAGUGAGGAAACGCGUGGCUAUGCAAUUGAAGCGUUAGCUCACGUCCUGCUCAAAAGCAAGACUCUGAAGUCUUUCUCCCUCAGUCUACCAUCUUUGAUCGGCGACGUGCGUUGUGACACCUCCACCCAACCCGUCAACAUCCUCUGCGCUGCAUUGAAAGAAUGUCGGACUUUGGAAAUGUUGGAUCUUUCUUUCGCGUACUUGUUUGCCAGGGAGAAGCUUCUCCUUGCGGAAGUCAUCAUGUCCGCCCGAUCGCUGAAGGAAGUGUCUUUGACCUGGAGGACUAUGAAUGAAGCGUUCCUCGUGGCUUUCUGCAGAGCAGUUCGGGCGAAAUCCGCAGGGAGUCUGAAGAGAAUCGCGCUGUCGGGAGCGUUUGACUCCAGAGGACUGGUCAGACUUGGAAAGACAAUCGUUGACAGUCAAAGUCUCCUGGAAGUCACACUACAACACAGCAAGUUUCAUGACAAGGGACUUGAGGAGUUCGCUGAUGAGUUAAUGGAAGCAGUGUCAUCCUUUCCCGAGGAAAGAGAUGCUCCCCUUCACAUCACCUUACAGGGAACAGUGAAAGGAGACUGUGCUGAUGACGCCAUCAGCACAGCCGAGCUCUUAAGCAUGGAGCUCCAAGACUCUGACCACACAAAUCUCACAGUACACUUGGAGGCCGGAACAAUAACUACAACAACGGUUGUUCAAGAGGCACUGACCAAGAAGUCCGGUGAUUUUGCCUUUAUGAUAGACUUAGGGAGAGGUGAUACCUCAUCAUCAGGCAGUCAGCAAGACCAAGUUAUGAAAUGGCUGACACGCAGAUGAUGCAAUAAUGUAAUUUUUUUUAAUGUUCGCAGUGAAUUCAAUUUUGCGGUAACCUUUCCGUAAAAGCAAGAGUAUUCGUUUCCAUUGCAUUACUACUUUACUAUAAAAUUGUUUUAAUCGCCAAAACCCCCUUCCCGAAAUUGAAACGAAAAUAAAUUAAUUUAAAGUUGUGAGGAAGACUUUACAUGCUUGGAAAGGAAAGGGCCAAUGCUUUAACCACAAUGGCGUUAUUUAGCGGAUAUUAACUGAUAUAAUAAGUGCGUUUUGUAUUUCAUUUCUUGGUAAGGUUCAGAACUUAAGGAUUAACCCCUCCCACGUCGGUACAUGUACAUGUAAGUCUGACAUUUUGGAAAAGUAAGGCUUGUAGUUCCAUUACAACAAUGAACAUACAGACUGUCAUACACAAGGACCAUUUGUUAAUAGUUUGAUGUUAACAUGCAGUUUGAUGUGGCAAUUUGCUUUUUAAAGAUUUAAGUUCAUUUCCAAACGUGCGAUAUAAUUUUUGAAAGCGACAUGGAGCCAACUGAAUUACAAGUGUGUGCACUGUUCAUUGUAAUGUAGGCUUGAAUUGCGUUGACAAAUAAAGUGGUUGCAUAGAGUUUAGCAAGCCAAUAGGUUUCAAGCAUAGUAGUGCUGCCUAUUUGUUUCUUUUAUUCGUUCUUGUUGUAU